AACAUUUUUGUAUGGAAAAAAAAAUCACAAAUCUGGGAAGUAAAAAUAUAAAAGAGAAAGAGGGAGGGAGAGUUUUGCAGCUUGAGAAGAAGAAGCUGUUGAUUGGGGGCCCGAUUGCUACAUAGAAGAGCAGCAGCAGCUCUUCAUCGAGAGUGACGACAUCAUUCAGCAGCAGCCCUCCAACUGCGGUAAAUUUGUAGGUGAGGAAGAUCAAGUUUUUAUUGGUUCCAGAGGGCGGUCAAGUUUGAUAUAAUGAAGUGAUUUUCUUUUUGAACUUGAAGAUCGGUAGGGACAGAAUAGUAAAGAGAUUACACUAGGCAGAGAUGUUUUCAUUGUUUUAUGGAUUCUGGAAAUAUAUGUUCAGUAAGACGGAGUUUCAUGUACUCAUUCUUGGAAUCGACAAGGCUGGGAAGACGACUUUACUCGAGAAGUUGAAGUCAAUUUACUCAAACUUAGAAGGUCUCCCUCCUGAUCGGAUUGUUCCAACCGUGGGACUUAAUAUUGGUCGUAUUGAAGCAUCAAAUACCAAACUUGUGUUCUGGGACCUAGGCGGUCAGCCUGGUCUUCGCUCAAUCUGGGAGAAAUAUUAUGAAGAAGCACAUGCUGUGGUCUAUGUAAUUGAUGCCACUUGUCCAUCACGUUUUGAAGAUUCAAAAUCUGCAUUGGAAAAAGUUCUUCGGCAUGAGGAUUUGCAAGGAGCUCCUCUAUUGAUUUUGGCCAACAAGCAGGAUGUUGCUGAUUCUGUAUCAGCCGAGGAACUUGCUCGAUAUCUGGAUCUUAAAAAGUUGGAUGAAAGGGUUUAUAUGUUUGAAGCCGUUUCAGCAUACGAUGGGAUGGGGAUUAAAGAAAGCGUGGAGUGGUUGGUGGCGGUAAUGGAGAGAAGCAAGAGAACUGAAACGUUGAGAGCCCGUGCAGGCCCGGCAUCUGCCUAGACCGGCAUGUAUCAACCGAUAUGCAGUUUUCUUGCCUUGCUCUGCUUCUGUAACAAUUGUGUAAAGAAAUCGGGCUUUUUGAAUUCGAUGUUGAAUUAUUGUUUCCUGCUCUAUGUAUCAUAGAUCGUAUCAGGCUGUCACGAAUCAAGUUGCAGAAUAUGAAUUUUAUGUGUCGAUAUGACCGUUA